AUGGCCAGGGAGGCGUCGUCGUCCUCCGCGCCGGGGCCCUCGGAGUUGCCGCCGGCCGCUCGUGGCAGCGGCAGCGGAAGCGGAAGCGGCGGGGACACGCCGCGAGUGCCGCGGCGGCGCGCCCGCGGCGACCCGCUCCUCAUCGUGUGCGGCUGCUUCAGCGUCGUCACGGCCGCCACCGCCUUGCUCUGCGUCGCCGUCAACGUCCUAUCCGCUGUCCAGUCCUUCCGCCGCAACGGUGGCUACAUAUUCGGGGGCAUAUUCCGGUGCUAUGCGGUGGUGAUCUCGCUAUUCGUGGCCGUCCUCGAGACUGAGUGGGGAUUCAUCAUCAAAUUCUGCAAGAUAUUGGAAUACUGGCCUGCAAGGGGGAUGCUACAGAUAUUUGUUGCUGUCAUGACAAAGGCAUACCCAAACGUUGAAAGGAGCGAUCUGAUUUUGCUUCAGGACAUUGCCAGCUAUCUGCUCCUUGCAUGUGGACUAAUCUAUGUAAUCUCGGGGGUAUUAUGUCUUGGUGUACUAAAGCGCUCUAGGCAGCAGAAAGCAACAUCACGAGAGCAAGCAGCCAAAGAUCUGCAGGAGCUGGAGAAGCGGAGAGAGGAACUCGAGGCACUGUUAAUUGCUGAGAGGUCCGAAUUGGUCUGA